AUGUUGUGUGAACCGGUCGGUGUGCAGGUGUUAAUGUCAGGCCCAGAGACAAUGCAGGUGUCACGGUCAGGUCCAGACACAGUGCAGGUGUUAAUGUCAGGUCCAGACACAAUGCAGGUGUCACGGUCAGGUCCAGACACAAUACAGGUGUCACGGUCAGGUCCAGAGACAAUGCAGGUGUCACGGUCAGGUCCAGACACAAUACAGGUGUCACGGUCAGGUCCAGACACAAUACAGGUGUCACGGUCAGGUCCAGAGACAAUGCAGGUGUCACGGUCAGGCCCAGACACAAUGCAGGUGUCACGGUCAGGUCCAGAGACAAUGCAGGUGUUAAUGUCAGGCCCAGAGACAAUGCAGGUGUUACGGUCAGGUCCAGACACAAAACAGGUGUCGCGGUCAGGUCCAGAGACAAUGCAGGUGUUAAUGUCAGGCCCAGAGACAAUGCAGGUGUCACGGUCAGGUCCAGACACAAUGCAGGUGUCACCGUCAGGUCCAGACACAAUACAGGUGUCACGGUCAGGUCCAGACACAAUACAGGUGUCACGGUCAGGCCCAGACACAGUGCAGGUGUUAAUGUCAGGCCCAGAGACAAUGCAGGUGUCACGGUCAGGUCCAGAGACAAUGCAGGUGUCACGGUCAGGUCCAGAGACAAUGCAGGUGUCACGGUCAGGUCCAGAAACAAUGCAGGUGUCACGGUCAGGUCCAGACACAAUGCAGGUGUCACGGUCAGGUCCAGACACAGUGCAGGUGUCACAGUCAGGUCCAGACACAGUGCAGGUGUCACAGUCAGGUCCAGACACAGUGCAGGUGUCACGGUCAGGUCCAGACACAAUGCAGGUGUCACGGUCAGGUCCAGAGACAAUGCAGGUGUCACAGUCAGGUCCAGACACAAUGCAGGUGUCACGGUCAGGCCAAGACACAAUGCAGGUGUCACGGUCAGGUCCAGACACAAUGCAGGUGUCACAGUCAGGUCCAGACACAGUGCAGGUGUCACAGUCAAGUCCAGACACAGUGCAGGUGUCACGGUCAGGUCCAGACACAAUGCAGGUGUCACGGUCAGGUCCAGAGACAAUGCAGGUGUCACAGUCAGGUCCAGACACAAUGCAGGUGUCACGGUCAAGCCCAGACAUUCACCGGUCGGUGUAA